GGGGAAGCGACAUCGACGUUGACAGGUACACGUGCUGCAGGUGAUGAUGACAGAUUAAAGCGUCACGUAGCAGGGGAAAAUAUUUAUUAUUAAACAUCAACAGAAAAGUGCGGUUUGGCGCUGGGUUCCCGUUAAUUUAUAUAAAAAAGGCAUCUCCAUCCUUUGAUUUGUGUCUUCCUUGAUAUCUGUGGAGCUCACUUCAGCCGUUGUGAUCCAGAGACCGCCAUGAUUUUGUUGACACCUUCCUCCGAUGAAGAAUCUCUUGAACUGCUCUGGCUUUGGAAUCUCAGGAAGUUCAGGGUGAAAAACACUUAAAGGGUUGCUCUACUGCAACAUUUAAAUCUAUUGUAACUUUUUGCAGUUCAUCUGAGCACGCUGUCUUGGACGGUACUAUGACAUGAGAGAAAGCAAGAUGAAAAAUUUGAUGAAAAUUACUUCUUUGUUGUGGGCAGAGGGAGUUAUUAUUUAAUUUUAUUUAUUCGAGAUUUUUUGUUUCUGUUGUAUCUUGCUGACUAAUAGUGUUGUAGAUUUCACUGUCAUCGGAAUUGCAAAAAAAACAACUAAAAAUCAAAGCCUAAAGCAGGGGUGUCCAAACCUUUUCCACUUUAAUAUUUUUGUACACCAACACAGAUAGAUAUGCUAAGAAAUGAUAUAUAUUUCAAGGAAAAAAUUCAUCUCAGCUUUGUGAUAUAGGACAUGAUGAUGUAAUGAUAAUAAGAAUGAUAAAAAGUGUAUCAUUAGUAUGAACUUUGGUCUUUGCUCUUUUUUCCUCCAUUUUUUGUUGUUUUUGUUUUUUCUUGUUACAGUUCUGUUUCUUAAAUUUUCCAAAUAUUCAACUUUCUUUUUAAAUAAUCUUUGUGAAUUUUCUUCUCAUAAUACAGUGGAAUCUGGGUUAGCGUCUGCCCCAGUUAGCAUGUUUUUCAGCUAACGUCAAAAAUUUACGCCACUAUUAUGCCUCGGUUUGCUUGCAUUCCCCGGUUAGCGUCCAAUAUGGCGCGCGUCUUGUUGUGUUAUUAAUACAACGUGAGUACAACUGUGUUCUUAAUGUAUUUUUUUUUUUUUUAACACACACAUCCUAUUAGCUAGCUAAACAAAAUGGCAACCGGAACCGAAAGUUAUGUCGCCUAUGAUGUCAUCAGAGGUUGACUCUCAAGAAUGUUAACGUUUUUAUAGUUUUACAAUUAUAGUUUUACAUGCAUAAAACAAUUCUAAAUGCACAUAAAUGACGACUGAAAGGGAUAAAGUAACAUUUCAGGUUACGUUUAUCUUAAAGGAAGACAUGACUGUUGCCAAAGACACAAUGUGGCAGCAAGAUCAACCACUCCCACCUUCAUGUUUUCAGUCAAGAAUCACGUCUUCAUUGAAGGCAAAAGUAACAUUAAAUGCUCAUCUAGCCUUUUCAUCAUUUGUAUGUAUUUAGAAUUGUUUUAUGCAUGUAAAACUAUAAUAAAAUAAUACGUUUUUAUCUUAAUAUUUUGACUUUAUUCUCGUAAAUUGAAAGCUGUUUUUUCAUUUCUGCUGUUGUUGUUUUUUUAACAUUUUCCAAAUAUUACAACAUUCUUGUUCUACAUUUUUUUUUCGUGUAUUACUUUAUUCCGAUAAUAUUUUGACUUUGUUUUUGUAACUUUCUAACUUUUACGAAACGUAAUUUUCGAAAAAUUACAACUUUGUUGUUUUCUUAGUUUUUCAUAUUACAACUUUAAAUAUAUUUCAACUUGAUGCUACUAAAAUGACGUUAUUUUUUUAUUAUAUUUAUUAUUAUUUAUAUAUAUUUAUAUAUAUUUAUUAUAUAUGACUUUUUUUGUUUUCUUGUUAAAUUAUGUUUAUAGAAUAUAAUUUUAAAAAACAGCCAAGGGUGGCAAACGGCCCCCGGGCUGCACUUUGGACACUCCUGGCCGAAAGCAACAACUAUUUUCAUGUAAAGCAGGGACGCUUCAUUUACUAUAAAGUCCAUGCUACAGUGGCAUCAAUACGAUCGGAACUGUUGGCUGCUGCCACGACCUUGUCGUAGGUCACCGCUUUUGAUUGGUGCUGGCAGACAAAUUGAUCUCACGUCUGGUAUGUGUCAAUGCAGUUGGUGCAGCUCACAUUCUUCAUAUGUGUUAGUCCGCUAAAUGUCUGUUGUUUGUCCCCCCCACACCAGCACUGUGUGUGCAUGUGUGUUUGUUCGUGUGUUUGACCCCAAUGUGAUCAUGUUUCACAAAUACUUUUUGCAUGGAACGAUAAUAAUCAAUAUGACACUUGUUGUAAGCUUAGCUGGGAAGGGGGCACUUUAAUAAUGCAUGCUGUAGGCCGCACAUGACACACGAAUGAAUGAAUGCAUUCUAGUGAUGGAUGAAUACAAACAGUCUGUGUCUGUCCAGUAAACAUACGUCUUGGUAAGUGAUGAUUCUUCAGUUCCAAGUACUUUCAACUACUUUCUACAGUGUGUAUUUUGAUACCCUGCAGAAUGGCUCGUAAUAUAUUUUUUUUUAGAAAAAGAUGUAUUCAAGCCAAGACUUGACGGGAAUAAAAUGAUCAAACGGUUCACAUGUAGGCAACCGAAGGUCAGCUGGUAUGAUCACAGUUGACAGAAUGGCUACCAAUUGCUACUGUUGUCUGGUCUCAGGUCUCUUCCGGUGCACCAACAAGCUCUUUCUCAGUGAUCAAACCACAGGACUCCAGAUCAAGGAGUUUGCGCGUAGAAAUGCUGCAAACGUGCUGUCGGUUGCCAACAUGGUCAUGGGCAUGGCCUCCAUCCUGAGCAGCCUAGAUGGGCACAAUCACGCUGCAUGUUGGCUGGUUCUCAUUGGCUACCUGCUGGAUUUGGCAGAUGGAGCCGUUGCCAGGCGACUAGACGCCUGUUCUGCCCUGGGUGCAAAGCUGGAUGACUUUGCAGAUUUCACUACCUUUGGGAUUGCCACAUCUCUGCUCCUGAGGACACCUGACCUGCUGGAUAACAUCUUGUGCAUGUGUUAUGUCCUCUCUGUGUUUGUUCGCCUCUGUUUCUUCUCAAGCGGGAUUCCGUUCAUGUAUCGUGGUCUGCCCUGCAUCUACUCCUCUGCCAUCCUCGCCAGUGCCUCACUGCUGUCAGGCGGAAACACGGCCAUGCUGCGAGUCAUCGCUGUGGCCAUGAUCCUCUUUAUGAUCAGGCAGAAUUUCUACCCCCAUGACCGAGUGUUGGAGUCCCAGGCCUGGAAGAAAGUUGUCUAUGCGGGGGGAGUGCUCAUGCUGUUCUGCUCAUCCUUCGCCCCUGCUUGUGUGUACUACCUGCUGUGGUCCGUCUCUUACAUUUUGUUCCCAACAUCUCUUUGGAGCAGUAAAGUGUAAAAGCAGGGCAAAGAUGGACUCUUCCAGGCUGCUUCAACCUGCAAGCUCAUUCAGCACAAACAGAACACCAUGUAACAUUUUUUUUUUUUUUUGGAAUGGAAGUCUUCUGUCAACUCCAUAUGAGUUGAACCUUCUGCAAGCCAUGGUUCUCUCCAAGUUAGUUUUUCUUUUAAAGAUUAUUUCAUGCACAAAAAGUCCCCCCAUGUAGCCCAAGUCAAAUACUGACUUAAUCACACUGUUUUGUUGACCUUGUUUGUGUUGAUUAAACAACAUGAUAGCAGCAACCUGCUGAAUACAGCGACUAUGUAGAAAACUAUGUAAAUGUUUGCAUAUAUUUAGAUUUAUGUGGGAGUUUGCACUGUAAAUUUGUAGUUAUUUUAAUAGAACUCUUUACUGAAAAACUGAAAAAAAAAUACAAUACAAAUAUUUCCUUUUGCUGUGUGUCACUAAAUUUUUGAAAUAAAAGAUAAAAUGGAAUGUGUGUUCUGUGUCAUGAUCUUGAUACUAAAAGUUUAGAUUUUUAAGGUUUAAUCUUUAGGAAUAUCCAUCCAUCCAUUCUCUAUACUGCUUGUUCUAUCUUUAGGAAUAUACAUUGUAGAUUUAAGAUUAACUGCAAUACUACACACUAAAGCAUGUUGCAAAUCUUCAUUAUUCAAAGAUUCUUGUCCUCAGUGAUUUUGUCUUUCCCCCCUGGGGCCGACAGGACCAUUUUCCCCCUGCUUUUGAAAUACUAUUGAGAACCUGAUAAUUUGUAUUUGUUUGUACAAACCAUUGUAUGAGUUGCUGGCACCAGUUCAAGCAU